UCACUGUCAAAAUCGACCAAGUGAAAAAAAAAAUGGCAGCACGAAUAUUAUCAACUUCUGGACAAUUAUUAAAAUCCUUUCAAAAUUUAAAUAUUUCAUGCAAAACAACAGCAAAUGUAAUCCAACAAAAUGAAUUAACAAGUAGCUUACUAAAAACUGCAUUGCCAAUCUUAUCAUCCACUCGAAACACAAGUUUUUUCAACAAACUUCCCGCUGAAGAUCUCUGGCGUGGAGUAGUCUCUGUCAGUAAUGCUGGUAAAAAACGAGGUCGUGGUCGUGGUGCUGGCCGUAAACUUGUCAAAGAUUUAAAUCGUGGCCAAGUUAUUGGAGUUGGAAGCACCAAUGUACAAUGGCCAGGUUUAAAUUCUCCAAUUAUUCGCGGCAAAGAAUUGGUCAAACAACAACGACUUCCCGAUGACCCUGAAAGAGAAAAGAAACUUAUCAAACUUCGUGAUUCAAUGACUGGCUUUCGUGCCAUGAAAUUGAGUCCUAUCGAUCGUGGUUGGUCUGGGACAAAGUUGCCCGGACGCAGCAUUGGACCACCCGAUCCAGUUGGCGAAGAUAAUUUCGAAGGUUUCGAUACAAUUGUCUUGGAAAACAAGAUUGUUUUCAUUAUGAAGGGAAAUAUGGGUCGAACAAGACGAUAUUCAGUUUUGUCUGUCACUGGCAAUGGAAAUGGUUUGGCUGGGUUUUCUUUAGCCAAAGGCACGGAAGUUCGGGCGGCUUUGAGAAAAUCCAAAAACCGUGCCGGACAGAAACUAAUGAAUAUCAAAUUGUGUGACAAUCACACUGUAUUCCAUGACUUUUAUUGUCAAUUUGGAAAAACUAAAGUAUUUGUCUCUAAAAAGCCUGAAGGUUAUGGGCUAGUUUGCCAUCGUGCAAUCCAGGCAAUCUGUAAAGUAAUUGGCAUAAAAGAUUUACAUGCGAAAGUUGAAGGUUCAACCAAUCUUCAACAUGUUGUAAAGGCAUUCUUCAUUGGCCUACUACAACAGAAGACACAUGAACAAAUUGCCGAAGAAAAAGGAUUGCAUUUGGUUGAAUUUAGAAAGGAAUUGGGUGGUUUGCCUCGUGUGGUAGCAAGUCCGAAUGUUUGUAGGAAAAAGGAAGAUAUUGAGAUAAAUGAAGUGAUGGAUUUCACUCAAUAUGCUUUGAAUGAUAAAAUUGUAUUGAAGCGGAAGAAAUUUCCACCAUUCUUUGCAAAUACUCGUGGAUAUGAGUUGUAUUUGAAGAAGAGAGAAUAUUUGAGGAAUCAAGAUAAUGUGAGAGUUGAUUUGACCGCACAUUAUGGAGAGUUGAGAAGUUUUCUUACGGAUAAGUAUCCGGAAUGUCGACCACAUAAAUUUCAGAGAGAGAAGGAGGAAUAAAGAGAUCAAACAAAAAUUGUUAUAAAUAAAUAAGAAAGAAUAAAUUUUAAAAAUUAAA